AUGCAGAUGAUCGGUACUAGUUGCGAUGCUAAUGGAUCUCAAAUCAGCAUGCACACAGGCGCUGCAGCUUGAUUGCAUUGAUAUUGAACCGAAGAACUGGGUUUUAGGGUGGGGUACCGAUAUUAUUGCGCACAAGCCACUGUGAGUGUGAUGGGUCGAGUGGUGCCGUGGGCGAAUGAGUGGAGCUGGGCUGAGUUUGGGUUCAGUUUGCGUGCAGGGCUCGAUAUGCCUUUGUCAGCUAUCUUCUUGUAGUUUAGUCUCUGACGAGACGAUAUGGUAAUUAGAGGUGUAGGAGUGGCCAGGUGAGGUGAUUAUGUGAUGGUGGGUGUAGUGGUUGGUGUUGUAAGAUUGUACGUUGACCCUUGCAGGGUGGAGGUCAAUUGUCAUCUCCGCGGCUGGUGUUGCGGACUUAGGUCCUAACCUCUGCCACUUGCUCGUCGCCGCUGACACUGCCGGUGAAACACUUGUUGUGAUUGAAUUGCACCCGUGGCAUUCGCCCAACGCCAAGUCAUGGCACCUGUAGUUGUCUCCGGCGAUGAUAACACUAGGGUGUUGGGUCCAUCAGAAUAUAAUUGGACAAAGGCCACAGCUCUGGGUACAGGCAUCGCUGUCGUGGCUGUUGCGUUGCGGCGGUUGGUGAAGUCGCACCAGGUCGCUCUAGCAUGUCAAGAGGUCAUGGACCAGCAUGCGACAUUGAGGGCUCAAGUAGUGGAGACCCCGAAAGGCAAGCUUGCAUUUCAUAUCAAGGGUAACUCUAUUGCUCCCAAUGUUGAGAUUUAUCCAUGGCCCCAGACCAGCGAAAGCUACAGUGUGGGGGAUAUAACCGUCGAUGGAGAUGACGAUGGCCUCGCUGCCGCUGUCAACAAAGUGGUUCGUGAUGAGCUUAACACUCCCUUCGUAAUCCCCGAAGACAGCCCCAGUCCUCCUCUGAACCUAUUCCAGGUUCACAUGUACACUGAGUCAUUUCAAUCACAGACCAUCAUUGUCUUGCGUUUCCAUAGCGGCGGCCUCGACAGGCCGUCUGCUUCCGUAGCCUUGGAUCAAUUUCUUACCGCAUUGAACUCCAUUGUGGAUGGUCAACCCGUAAGUCUCCCACACAACCCUGGGAAGGAUGCCAUCUUGCCGACGAUUGAGGAACUAGUUCCGAAGGGCAAAUCCUCUAAAAACUUCUUCCAGAAAGGCUUCGACACCGUGGGAUAUGCAUUGAGCGCCAACAGAUACUCUCUUUUACCUUUUCACCCAAAUUUUGCCGAACACAGGAAGGAGAAAUUCAAGUCCGAUGUGUUGACAUACAGCCUGGGCAAAGCAGGAACCGCAAGCCUUCUCGCUGCAUGCAAGAAGGAGAACACGACCUUGGCAGCAGCAUUGGGCACAGCGUUCUUGAAGACUGCGGCUGGCGUGAAGGAGCUCAAGGACAGAAAGAAGGAUGAGUUCAGCUUCACGAGCUUGGUGGACUGCCGCAGAUUUUUCGAGCCAAGUCUAGCGGUCGACGCUAUGGGGAAUUUCGUUGCUGGUGUUCCUCAAGGCCAACAGGCAAAGGAAGGCUGCUCCUUCUGGGACCUGGCCCGUACCGUGUCGGCCUUAACGGCGAAGGAGCUAUCCAAAAGCAAACAUUUAUCAGAGAUCCCAGUUCCGAACAUGCUCUUCUCACAGGUCCUGAAACAUCCCAACGUGACGCCCCAAUCCUCAAUGCGAACAUCGCUCUUCUCUUUGUUCGUGGACGAAGCGCCGAAGCUGCAGUGGAGAGGGUAUCAGAAUCUGCAGGUGGGUGUUGUGGCGGGGCCGUUCCCAUCCAUGCACGGCGUCGGCCCUUGCUUCGCCAUCAGCGAGACGUUGCGCGAGGGGAACGACCUCUCCAUCUCUUUCAUUUACGCUCAACCUGUGUUCACUCGAUCGCAAAUGUCGGCUUAUUGCGCCGCCGCUGUCGAGCUCUUGAGUCAGGUUUCCCUGGAUUGCUGAUCACGAGACUUGUCGGUGAGGAUUUGAGCAGCUCUCGGUGGAGUCGGUGUCGGUAUCUGUGUCGUGUUCUAAGUCUACGAUAACUAGCUCCCUGGUUUAUGUAGAUACGGAUGGCUGGGUGCCAAGUCUACGAUAAGUUCUGUAAUGUAAAUAGAUGAGGAGGGGUUUGGACCAAAUCUAUAAGUAAAAGAAAAAGAUUAUUAGAUAGAAAAGAGAAGAGGUGUAAUUUGUUGACGUUUAUUGUCUUCACGUGAAAUGAAAAUGAUCGAAACCAAACUUUCCUCCUUUGUCUCGGCGCGAAAUAAUUAUUUAUUGAGGUUUUAGUUUUA